CAGGCGAUUCUAGCUCCAGCCAGGAUGAUCGGGGUUGUCUGCAACAACUGUCUGGGGAAAAAGGGCUGCGUUAAAUGCAACACUGAUAACACCCUCGGGGACCUUAAGAAGCUGAUCGCAGCCCAGACUGGCACCCGUUGGAACAAGACUGUCCUGAAGAAAUGGUACAUGAUUUUUAAGACCCAGGUGUCACUGAAGAACUAUGAAAUCCACGAUGGGCUGAACCUGGAGCUUUAUUAUCAGUAG